CCCUUUGGCGCCGCGCCGAGCCCCGCCGUAUAAAUUGGGCCGUCCAACUUUUUCUCUGUUACACUGUGUGUGUGGUUGAGGGACAGGUUGGACCAGAAACAUGUCGCAGUACUCUGGAAAGAUCACCUUCUACGAGGGGCGGUGCUUCACCGGCAGGAAGCUGGAGGUCAGAGGUGACUGUGAUAACUUCCAGGACCGCGGCUUCAUGAACAGAGUGAACUCCAUCCGGGUGGAGAGCGGAGCCUGGAUCUGCUACGACCAUCCGGACUUCAGGGGGCAGCAGUACAUCCUGGAGCACGGAGAAUACCCAGAAUUCCAGAGGUGGAACUCCCACAACGACCACAUGGGGUCCUGCAAGCCCAUCCGCAUGCAUGGAGAGCACUACCGCAUCGAGCUGUUCGAGGCCUGCAACUUCUCCGGUCAGUGCAUGGACAUCUGUGACGACUGUCCCUUCCUGCAGAGCCGCGGCUUCUCCAAGAGCUGCAUCAACUCCGUCAGGGUUUACGGAGACGGAGCCUGGGUGAUGUACGAGGAGCCCAACUUCCGGGGCCGGAUGUACAUCGUGGAGCGCGGGAACUACUGCAGCCCGACGGAGUGGCAGGCCCAGAACCCCAACAUCCAGUCCAUCCGCAGAAUCGUCAACUACUUCUGAGCCUUCAUCCUCCUCCUCUUCCUCAGCAGGCAGAUCAAUAAACUGAGAGGAAUCCAGUUUUUUAUCAAA